AUGCCGCAACGUUCCCCUUUUGCCAUACAAGAAUUACUUGGCUUAAGUAAUUCAGCAGCAGCUGCAGCGGCAGCAGUGGCAGCAACACGUGCUGUUUCAAAUGGAACUGCUUCACCACCACAAAUAACAGCACAUGGCAAUAGUACAUCACCGACUGCUUUAAGCCAGAGUAAAACAUCGCUAUCAGGAGCACAUGAUUUAACACCAUCACCACGUAGUUCGUCUGCAACUUCAGCUUCUUCAAUGUCUAUUGCGACUGCAGCUAUAACACCGGCCAUGUAUGCGAAUUCUUCAGUUUCACCACCGUUUACAGCUGAUCAACAUCAUCAAAUGACCAUGGCAGCAGCUUCACGUAUGGCAUAUUUUAAUGCUCAUGCCGCGGUUGCAGCAGCAUUCCUGCCACAUAACCUUAAUGCCACUGGCGGGACAUCCUCAGCAGUGCAUCAUACACAAAUAGCACAUCACCAGCAUCCACAUAAUCUGCUGCAUGCACAGGGAUUCCCGCAACUUAAACCGUUCGGUACACCAGGAGGCUGUUUACCAGGAACUCUUGGUUCUAAAGACUUUACUAUUGACGGUUUGAAUGGUUUCGGUAACAAGAAAAAGAAGAAAAAACGUCGUCACAGCCGCACCAUUUUUACAAGUUAUCAAUUAGAGAAACUCGAAGAGGCCUUCAAGGAAGCACAUUAUCCUGAUGUGUACGCCCGUGAAAUGUUGUCGUUAAAAACUGAAUUACCUGAGGAUCGCAUACAAGUUUGGUUUCAAAAUCGUCGGGCUAAAUGGCGUAAAACUGAAAAAUGCUGGGGACGCAGUACGAUUAUGGCAGAAUAUGGUCUUUAUGGUGCUAUGGUGCGACAUUCAUUGCCACUACCGGAAACUAUAAUCAAAUCAGCCAAAGAUAACGAUUCAGUGGCACCGUGGCUUCUAGGUAUGGAGAACAAAAGCAUGCAUCGUAAAUCAUUAGAAGCACAAGAUGCUUUGAAAGAUGAUUCUGGUGUCAGUGAUCACGAAGACUCUGCUGGCUCGAAAUCGAAUGACGAAAAUCGUCGCUUAAGCUCUUCAACUGAAUCAUUAAAUGUUGUUAGCCCAGGACCGCAAAUAUUGCAUCAUAAUUCUUCUAGUGCUACAACACCAACUGCUACCUCCUCGUCUUCACCACAUACGCCACACAUCGAUCUUAGUAGUCCUUCACCAACCUCACAACAACAAAUGCAGCAAACUUUACAUUCACAUUCUACGCAAUCAUCACACCAAACCCCGCAACACCAUAAUAUUCAUCACUUUCAGCAUACAUCAUUACCUCCACCUAAUGCACAUCCUUCGUAUCAUCCAUUGUUGGAUGCAGCAAAUGCAAGCGCUGGUGCUGCAUCAAGUAAGGAAUUUCAUAUGAUUAUGAAUACCGCUGUAGCCGCAGCAGCAGCUGCUGCUGCUGGUGGUCAUCAUUCUGCUCAUGGAACUAGUGGUGGUCCAUAUACACAUGAACAAUCGGAUCCCGAUGCAUUUAGGUGGGUGCAUGCAAACACCAAUGGAAUUGAAUAUGAUAAAGAACGAUUUUCAACAAUACGAAACAAUUCCAUUGCCUGUUUACGUGCCAAAGCGCAAGAACAUCAAGCACGUCUGCUUAACAGUGGCCUAUUCUUGCAGGUACGUUCUUUUGCUGGCCUACAAAAUUCAACAUUGAACUCACCAAGCCACACUGCAUUAAUUAAUAAUAGCACAACAAACAACAACAACAACAGCAACAGCAUCAACAACAAUAAUUGUGAUAUGAAAAUUAAUUGCAAUAACAAUAAUGAAGAGCGUUGCCCACCCAACGCUGUAACCAUGUGCGCCAAUUCUAAUAGCAAAAAUAACAACAACAAUAAUGAUUUGUGCUUUGCAAAUGGCGUACAAACAUCACAACAACAACAACAGCAACAACCACAACAACAAUUUAAAAUGGAGCCCAUUUCGAGUCAAACAUGCGGCGAACUUUGAUAUUAAAGCUAAAAACAAAAAGCAAAGCAAAGUCAAACAAAGUAAAACAAAAUCAAGCAAAAGAAAGCAAAG